AUGCACCUAAACGCCCAGUCAUGCAGUAACAAAGCUCUUGAGCUUGCAGACACCAUCACUGAUGAUAGCUACGACAUCGUUUUCCUUAGUGAGACAUGGUUUAAAGAAGUUGGUGAUGAGCCAAGAACCAUUGAGCUAACGCCACCAGGCUUUCUUUUAAAGAGUCUACCUCGAAAAACAGGCAGCGGAGGGGGCUUAGCAAUACUGUACAGAGAUAGUCUAGCCAAGCCUAAUGGUGAUAAUGAUAAUGGUGAAGGUAGCUAUGUUGAUGAUGAUAAGCCUAAUAGUGAUAAUGAUAAUGGUGAAGGUAGCUAUGUUGAUGAUGAUAGGCCUAAUAGUGAUAAUGAUAAUGGUGAAGGUGGCUAUGUUGAUGGUAGCUAUGUUGAUGGUGAUGGGCCUAAUAGUUAUAAUGAUAAUGGUGAAGGUAGCUAUGUUGAUGACGAUAGGCCUAAUAGUUAUAAUGAUAAUGGUGAAGGUAGCUAUGUUGAUGACGAUAGGCCUAAUAGUUAUAAUGAAAAUGAUGAAGGUAGCUAUGUUGAUGACGAUAGGCCUAAUAGUUAUAAUGAUAAUGGUGAAGGUAGCUAUGUUGAUGGUGAUGGGCCUAAUAGUUAUAAUGAUAAUGAUGAAGGUAGCUAUGUUGAUGACGAUAGGCCUAAUAGUUAUAAUGAUAAUGGUGAAGGUAGCUAUGUUGAUGGUGAUGGGCCUAAUAGUUAUAAUGAUAAUGAUGAAGGUAGCUAUGUUGAUGGUGAUGGGCCUAAUAGUUAUAAUGAUAAUGAUGAAGGUAGCUAUGUUGAUGACGAUAGGCCUAAUAGUUAUAAUGAUAAUGAUGAAGGUAGCUAUGUUGAUGGUGAUGGGCCUAAUAGUUAUAAUGAUAAUGAUGAAGGUAGCUAUGUUGAUGGUGACUGGCCUAAUAGUUAUAAUGAUAAUGAUGAAGGUAGCUAUGUUGAUGACGAUAGGCCUAAUAGUUAUAAUGAUAAUGGUGAAGGUAGCUAUGUUGAUGACGAUAGGCCUAAUAGUUAUAAUGUUAAUGAUGAAGGUAGCUAUGUUGAUGGUGAUGGGCCUAAUAGUUAUAAUGAUAAUGAUGAAGGUAGCUAUGUUGAUGAUGAUAGGCCUAAUAGUUAUAAUGAUAAUGAUGAAGGUAGCUAUGUUGAUGGUGAUGGGCCUAAUAGUUAUAAUGAUAAUGAUGAAGGUAGCUAUGUUGAUGGUGAUGGGCCUAAUAGUUAUAAUGAUAAUGAUGAAGGUAGCUAUGUUGAUGGUGAUGGGCCUAAUAGUUAUAAUGAUAAUGAUGAAGGUAGCUAUGUUGAUGACGAUAGGCCUAAUAGUUAUAAUGAUAAUGAUGAAGGUAGCUAUGUUGAUGGUGAUGGGCCUAAUAGUUAUAAUGAUAAUGAUGAAGGUAGCUAUGUUGAUGACGAUAGGCCUAAUAGUUAUACUGAUAAUGAUGAAGGUAGUUAUGUUGAUGGUGAUGGGCCUAAUAGUUAUAAUGAUAAUGAUGAAGGUAGCUAUGUUGAUGGUGAUGGGCCUAAUAGUUAUAAUGAUAAUGAUGAAGGUAGCUAUGUUGAUGGUGAUGGGCCUAAUAGUUAUAAUGAUAAUGAUGAAGGUAGCUAUGUUGAUGACGAUAGGCCUAAUAGUUAUAAUGAUAAUGGUGAAGGUAGCUAUGUUGAUGACGAUAGGCCUAAUAGUUAUAAUGAUAAUGAUGAAGGUAGCUAUGUUGAUGGUGAUGGGCCUAAUAGUUAUAAUGAUAAUGAUGAAGGUAGCUAUGUUGAUGAUGAUAGGCCUAAUAGUUAUAAUGAUAAUGAUGAAGGUAGCUAUGUUGAUGGUGAUGGGCCUAAUAGUUAUAAUGAUAAUGAUGAAGGUAGCUAUGUUGAUGGUGAUGGGCCUAAUAGUUAUAAUGAUAAUGAUGAAGGUAGCUAUGUUGAUGGUGAUGGGCCUAAUAGUUAUAAUGAUAAUGAUGAAGGUAGCUAUGUUGAUGACGAUAGGCCUAAUAGUUAUAAUGAUAAUGAUGAAGGUAGCUAUGUUGAUGACGAUAGGCCUAAUAGUUAUAAUGAUAAUGAUGAAGGUAGUUAUGUUGAUGGUGAUGGGCCUAAUAGUGAUUAUGAUAAUGAUGAAGGUAGCUAUGUUGAUGACGAUAGGCCUAAUAGUGAUAAUGAUAAUGAUGAAGGUAGCUAUGUUAAUUGUAAUGGGCCUAAUAGUUAUAAUGAUCAUGAUGAAGGUAGCUAUGUUGAUGGUGAUGGGACUAAUAGUGAUAAUGAUAAUGGUGAAGGUAGCUAUGUUGAUGGUGAUGGGACUAAUAGUUAUAAUGAUAAUGGUGAAGGUAGCUAUGUUGAAGACGAUAGGCCUAAUAGUGAUAAUGAUAAUGAUGAAGGUAGCUAUGUUGAUGACGAUAGGCCUAAUAGUGAUAAUGAUAAUGAUGAAGGUAGCUAUGUUAAUUGUAAUGGGCCUAAUAGUUAUAAUGAUCAUGAUGAAGGUAGCUAUGUUGAUGGUGAUGGGACUAAUAGUGAUAAUGAUAAUGGUGAAGGUAGCUAUGUUGAUGGUGAUGGGACUAAUAGUGAUAAUGAUAAUGAUGAAGGUAGCUAUGUUGAUGGUGAUGGGCCUAAAAGUGAUAAUGAUAAUGAUGAAGGUAGCUAUGUUGAUGGUGAUGGGCCUAAUAGUGAUAAUGAUAAUGGUGAAGGUAGCUAUGUUGAUGGUGAUGGGCCUAAUAGUGAUAAUGAUAAUGAUGAAGGUAGCUAUGUUGAUGACGAUGGGCCUAAUAGUUAUAAUGAUAAUGAUGAAGGUAGCUAUGUUGAUGGUGAUGGGCCUAAUAGUUAUAAUGAUAAUGAUGAAGGUAGCUAUGUUGAUGGUGAUGGGCCUAAAAGUGAUUAUGAUAAUGGUGAAGGUGGCUAUGUUGAUGACGAUAUGUUAACUGACUGA